AGGGUUUCUUUUAUGUUGUUAUGCUCGCUGCUCGAUGCGAAUAUUUGCAUUUAUAAAUUCACUCUUAGCUUAAUUUAUCUUGUUAUUUUCACCUUAAACAUCAGACAACUUGUCCCCCAUCAUGAAUUCGGCUAGAUUCAAAGCUAUGCCGGUAAUAGAAACGGGUGUUUGCCGCUUCUGUGGCCACAACAAGAAGUGUCGGGUUAUCAACAUUGAGUAUGAGAACUUGGGACAGAGAGAGGUUUACUCAGAGAUGCUGUUAGAAUGCUUCGGAAUACUGCUGUCCAACUUGGACAGACCGCAGAAGGAGCGGCUGGUGUGCGCGAGCUGCGUGCACCGCCUGCGCGCCGCAUGCUCCUUCAAGAACCAGGUGCUCAAGUGCGAAGAGACGCUGAAGAGGAAAAUUGAAGAAGAAAACGAAGAAGACGUUCUCAACUUCCAAAUCAAGACGGAGGCACAAUACGAGAUGCAUGUGGAGUACCUGGACGACGAGUCCACGUGCAACGACUCCUGCAGCGACUCUGUGUGUGAUGAGACGUACAGCGAGUGCGGCAGUGUGGAUGCUGGCAAUGUGGUUCUGAUUAAAGAAAAAUCACCACCACUGACACAAACAGAAGAUGAUUCUCUCUUCAAAAAAGAGCCUUCAAGAAUAUUUAAAGACACGAAUCCAAUCUUUGACACCGAAGGCACUGAUGAAACGACUACAUUCAAAAAACCCAAACCAAAGAGUUUGGUCACGAAAUCCAAGAUGGUGUCCAAGAUGGCGGACAAAGAACGAGAUAUGAGGCUUAGGAAGAUGCUGCUCAUGAAGAUGGCUAAAUUAAAGGAGCAAAGUAAAUUGCUAAAGGCAAUUAAACCAAAACCUGAAGAUGCGAAAACCACGGCUAAGUAUUCCAAAGUGGCCAAGGAGCGUAUGGCGCUCAACAACGCCGUGCAAAUAGUCAACGGGUCCUACGUGUGUCCGUUCAAUAACAUCAACGGACAUUAUUAUUGUUUCUACUGCAGAACAUUCUUCACUGAUCCCAAAGACUUGAGAGAACACACAGCCACUCACGAGCCGAGGCUGUUCGAACGCAGCUACCCAAAGAAGAAAGCACUCAAAAUCGACAUAACGAGAAUCGAUUGUCGAUUGUGCGACGCCAAAAUCGACGACAUCCCAACCCUAAAGGAGCAUCUGUCAAAGGCGCACGGAAAAAAAAUCUACACCAUAGACAACGAGUUCCUCAAGUUUAAACUGACGCAUCCGAAUAUAGAUUGUUUUGAGUGCGGCAACUCCUUUCUGUUCAUAGACAAUUUGAUAGACCACAUGGCUACGCAUUUUGGCACGCAUAUUUGCGAUAAAUGUGGGGCCACGUUCGUGCAGUUAUCGUCGCUAGAAGCGCAUAUUCGCUGCCACAACAAGACAAAUGUCGCUUUCCCCUGCCAGAUAUGUGGGAAGGUUCUUACUACGAAUCGGUCACGAUACGUCCAUAUGAGUGUAGUGCAUGAGAAAAAACCGAUUAUAGACUGUUUUAACUGCGAAGAGAUGUUUUUUUCUUACGACCAAAGGAACCAACACAUGGUCAAGGCUCACGGGCACAAGAUGACGUUUCCUUGCACUCUGUGUGACAAGGUUCUAGACUCGAGGAAGAAGUUUUUGACCCACAACAGGGAUGUUCACCUGAAAAUAAGGAACCACGAGUGUGAAAUCUGCGGGAAGAAAUAUCCGACUUCGCACAAGUUGAAAGUGCAUAGUCAAACGCAUAAGUAGUGUGUGCGAGACUUUAGAUUAACAAUAUAUGAAUAGACGGAAUAGAUGGUGUGUCACAUACAAGAAACAAAGCAAAAAACUGUCCACAUUUUAUUUUCGG